AUGUGUACUGGCUUGAAUGGUUUUCCACAAGAAUGUAAACAGACAGAGGAUCUAACAAAUGGGCACUCCAAAUGCACAACUAUCCUAAAUGGACUGACUCCAGGUAAUGGCAUCAAAGACAAUGGCAACUUGAAUGGCAACCCUUAUCUCAAAACUGUCCCAAUCUCAGCGCUGAAACAGAAUGGGCUCUUACAGUCUCUGGCAGCAGGAGGGAAUCAGACUAAAACAGAAGAGGUGAGCUUGGAGGUGGAGCGAGCACAAGAGGAGUGGGAUGCCCUGGAGAGCAUCCAACCAGUUCUUGCAGAGGAUCUCACUCCAUCACCACUGAUCUCCUUCAAUGAGGCUCUGCAGCAUUUUCAGACCACUGAUCUUGGAGACCUGCUUAAGAGCAUUCAGCCCACCAUUCGCAGGACUGGAUUGGCCGCCAUCAGCCAUUUCCUGUUCGGUCCUCCUCGGAUACACAAAGACCUUGUAGAGGAGAGAGACUUAGUGUUUGCCAUUGCACAGUGUUCUCUGGAUAAUGGCCAGUCAGUUCACAUGCGUGUACUCCAGACCAUCUACAGGAAAUUGACCUGUACCCGAGCUGACUGCCCUCGCUAUGGACCACACUGGGAGAAUGUGGGCUUUCAAGGUUCAGACCCUGCUACAGAUCUAAGGGGAACUGGUUUUCUGAGUCUCAUGCACACUCUCUACUUCGUCAUGGACCCAGAGAUACUUCCACUUGCUAGAGAAAUCUACAAACUCUCUCAGCAUCCAGUCCAGAAUUUUCCGUUCUGUGUGAUGUCAAUCAACAUGACGCGAAUCGCCCUGCAUGCUCUCAGGGAGGAAGUGCUGUCCAAGGAGUGUAACCGAAGGCAACAGGUCGUGGCAGUGCUGAAUGAUUUUUAUGUUGCAACAUUCCUGCACCUCUAUCAGCUGUGGAAGAGCCAGCAGAAAACCAUCUCUGACUCUGGCCAUGUACUCAAAGAAGUGGAGCUCUUCGCUAAGAAGAACCCCAAGCAGUUUCUCAAACGUCUCGAGGGCUACCUGAAGGAGAGACGUGCUGGGACAGGACACCGAACAUCACCCGACACACUAUCACAUAGCAACCCUUCACCUGGUGACACUGGGUCUCGAGCAGGGAGUCAGGGCGGCAAGGAGGGGAAAGAGAUGAACUUCACUGGAGUGUGUGAGCUGCCACCUGAGAUGGAGGGCGAGGCGAGACUCAUCUGAGAGACAGAGAGGCAUUCGAUUUGUACAGUCUCGACUAUCUCGUGCUCUGACUUUGCUGUUCUCUCUGUUUCUUCAUUUCCUUUCUGUCCUUUCAUGCUUAAGUACACUCAGAGACAAGUCUAUGUUGUAACUGUAGUUGCUAAAAAGUAUGAAACUCUUUGCUGUCUUUCUUUCUGCUAGAGUACCUAUUGGCUCUUCUAUGAAAGACUAGAUUUAGUUGCCAAGUUUAAAAGGAGAAUCUCAGAAUUACCGCCUCAGUGGCAGCAGGUUGUCUUGAAGCUGUCAGGAAGAAAGAGACUGUUUACAGGCCUUAUGAGUGUGCAGUUGCAGAGGAGAGGGCUGCAGAAGCCAGCAAGCAUGCCUUACCCACUACUGUGGUAUUGAGUGAGAGUGACUUCCUGUGUGUGUUGGCCUGACUGUUUAGGCAUGUAUUUGAUUGAGACUAGUCUAGUGAAAGCUUUGUGAUCCUUGUGGUCAUUUGAACAUGUCAAUGAGUCAUUGUUCAAGAAAGUGGGCAGAGUUUAUAUUGAUGUUGGCUCUUUACUCUUCACUGUUGAAAAAUGGAAUGAGGUAUCAAAACAUUGGAUGGAAAUAGCCUCAAUAGGCCAAAGCUUUUUUUAUUUUGUCCCUUUAGAGAGAUAAAUGUCACAGUAUGAUUCAGAGAUUGCCUGACAUGUUUCUGUUGGCAGAAACUCUUCAACAAGAGCCUGAAAUUGUAAAGUGAGGGCGGUUUUUUUAUGGGAAAGUGCAUUUUAGUGACCUGUAGACCAAAAUGUAUGGAUGUUUGAGUAUCUACUUUGCAGUUCAGUUACAAGGCUAACAUUGACACUUGCAGACUUAAAUUAUCAGCUAAAUUUAUUUGUGUUUGAGCUUUGAGCUAAACUUAGGGCAGUAAUCAAAGUUAAAUGUGAUAUUUGGAGAUGUUGUUAUGCUUGUCUGCAUGAAGCAAAUCCUAAGUUUCCUCUAAUGAUAGCAGGUACAUUCCAGUUUUAAGUAGUCAUAACGUGACUUUGAAUGUGUUGACGUGCUGUGGACGAGAGUGAGAAUGAUCCUACGCUGUUAAACUUUUACUGGAUAAUUUCUGGUAUCCCGGACGAGCCCCCAAUAUAUGUUGUGAAACCCUAUAAUGCCAGAAAUAGUCCUAAAAAAUUGUUAUUGGUUACUUGUUAGGGCAUUUCUCAUGCGAUACAGCAUUCUCAAGAUGUCUUUUAUCUUAUCCUGAGAGAAUAGAUGGUGUAUGUUAAACUGUUGUUUAAUAGUGAUUAGAUUGUUACAGCUCCCUGAAGCACUUUUAGCAAUGAAAGUGUGUAAACUUGUUAAGAAGACAUGGCUUAAAUAAAACAUUAGCCAGGACGCUGCAGGUCAUUUAAGCUAUAUGUUAUACGUAACCUAACAAAUUUUUCCUUCAGAGUUGCAUGAGACACGUUGAAAACUUACAUAGCAAAAAGUCAGUAACUCUAGUGAACUUCUUGCAUCAAACAUACAGCCUUCAAAUAGACAUGUGAGACCUAUAUAUAGUGUAGUCAAGUACACCCUGAGACUUGUUGAUUUGAACAUAAAAAACGUAGAAUACUUUAUUUGCUAUCGAGCCACAGAUUAAUGCAGAAAAUAGUUGAGAAUUUUAUGUAUUUUUGUCAUUUGCGUCUUGUUCUCCCUAGUCCAGGUCCAAUAAAGAUGUGAGGGUUGCAACAUUCAUGUAAAUUGACAGUGACGUACUGUACAUUUCUGAAAAAACUUGAUGGGGAAAGUCUUUCCCUCCCUUUGCAACCCUAUUCUGCACUCUCGUCUUGUUAGCAUGUCAGGUAGCGCUAGAGAUGUAGCAUCCAGGAAUCGUUGUUUUAAAUUCCUUGUUAAAAAAGCUUGUUAUUCUAACUCUGUAUGGUUGCAUAUGUCUGUCUAAGUUACCUAGUCCAAAGUGUUGUUGUACAGUAUGAGUACAGUGCGUUCUAUAUGUUUCAGGUUUAAUUUUACGCUCUAAUUUUAUUCUUUUGUAGUUUUUAUUUUUCUUAAACAACACAUGAAUAUAAAUACUCAGUGGAUGUAUAUUAGAAGUCCUGUCACUUUAGCCAGUUUAAUUUUAUAUAAAGCAGAGUAGUAUUUUAUAAACUUGAAUAAGAUUAAAGCAUAAUGGAAAACGAAUGUUUAUAUACAAAGGCAAAUCACCCUUUCUUGGGUUAUUUACUAGAUUGGCUAGUUUGUAUUAGUUUAGAUAAGCAGGUUCAACACUUUCGUAAUCCGUCUAUAUAUCCAAGUGAAU